AAGAAGCAAAAAGAAAAUAUUUUCACUUUCCACACGAAGGUUCUCGAUGCCGCGGUGUUAAUUAGUCUUCUCCUCCUGCCCGACCAGGAUGGAGCCGAAGUUUCGAAGCACCGAGCAAAGUGCCAAGGAGAAAUUGUAGGGCGGGAAAAAGAUUUUUAAAAAAGUAUAAUUAAGAACAAGGAGGACACGCGUUACAUCGAGCUGUGUCGGCGUCAAACGAAGAGAAAAAGAAAGAGGAAAAAAAGAGACGAGAAAAUCAAAGUGGACGGGAUCGGGGAACCUUAUCAGAAUUCUGUGGAGAGUUUGCACUCAGCCGGAAGUUAACCAUAUCGGCUGACUUCCGUUCAUGAUUCUAUUGACUCUAUCAAGUCGACUAUUUCGAGUCGUUGCUCGUGAAUUUGUUUCCUCCCAUUUCUCGUUUAAUUUAAUUUUGCGCAAACUGAUAAACUGCAGUCCAAGUUUUACGACACAAUGAGCGCGCCGCAAUCUCCUUCGAAUUUAAAAUGUCUGCCUGACCAUCCGACGGUCACGUGGCUACAAUAAAGCGACGAUAAAAAAGACGAAGAUUGACCGAUCUAUUUCCGUACGAUGUUACAGUAACGUUUGCCAUGGCUGUUUCCAUGACUACGACCUCGCGAUGUCGAUAUAUAUAUAUUUUUUUUAAACAUACAUGUACCUAUCCUUACACCAGGCAGAGAGAUCAAACACUCCGCGGCGGCCAUUACGUCUACGACAUUCAUGUAUACAUUGCGGUACUUGCUGCGUAUCGCGGAGAGGAAGGCCAUUGGAAUUUGUAUACAAUAAUAUUAAAAGCAAAGACUCACUGUGCACCCAGUUUGGAUUUUAGGUUACAGGUAGAAAAAGAAAGGUACGAAGACUUACGAGCGGCCGAACGAUGGACUUACCUGAAAAUGUUAAAAGGUGAAUGUUUAAAGGUAAAUGGAUCGGCAACGCUGGCGCCACCUGUAAACGACACAGUGAAACCUGUUGAUAAUUUUGUACGCCCACGUUGGCUUUCAAAUCUUCAUACAACGGAAAGUUAUAGAGAUGUGUAUUUAAAUAAAUCUAGCUAGGAUUCAUAUACUUCUACGUCCCAGCUUCCAUAUUUGCUGACGAAUGUCAAUUCACAAAUAUUGUAAUAAAUCUCACGAGAAUACUAAGAAUGAGGUAAUUAUAAAAUCACAGACGCCGUAUCUGUAACUGCACCAAAUUCUAUAUUGGUCUGCAUGAUUUCUAUACUUUAAAAAAAUCCUUAAUAGCACUACUCUGUGUAGAAAAGUAAUCAUUUCAAAAUAGGCUUUAAAGGUAUACGCAGUAUUAUAAUGAAGCACCUUUGAUGAAAAGUGAGAAAUAAAAUAAAAGAAGCUGUAGGGCAACAGGUAGCAGGGAACGGCGAGGUCCAUUAAACCCAACGUGUUAUUAAAGAUUCAAG